AUCGUCUCUCCUCGUGUGAGUCCACAAAACUUGGGAGUCAUAGAAUGAGAGCGAACCACGGAGAUGACGUGUUGCCCAUUUCCCAUAAUCUGAUAACCAAAGUGCGUUCAUGUUGGCCGCAAUCUCUCUUUCGAUAUAUGCAUUUAUUUAUGGAGUGAGUGAUUAAUUGCUGAGUCAGGAAAGUGGUGAGAUUGGGUUUUGGUGAUUCCAACAAAUCCACGUUUGAGCCACACUUUGUCUAGUUGGCUGUUACCUUUGUCCCAUUCCUAUCCCAAACUUUCUUGUGGCUCUCUCCUUCUCUCAGAUUCAAUUACCCAUUUUUGUUUUUAACUCCUUAGAUUCUCCGCCACCUGAACAUUACCCAUUUCAUGCCUCACACCCGUACUCCAAUUUUUCUCUAGACACCAUCCUGCCUUUUCUGAUUCCUUUCAGAUUCUUUUAACUAACGAACUAACUUUUUGUGAAUCAAAGGUGUUGGCUUUCCUUCCCUUUUCACCCUGCGUUUCAUCGGACUGUCUGGGCACUUCUAGAGUUCGAUGGGAGAUGUGGCUAAGGACCUUACAGCUGGAACUAUUGGAGGGGCAGCACAGUUGAUAUGUGGACACCCCUUUGACACUAUCAAGGUCAAGCUCCAAAGCCAGCCUGUACCACUCCCCGGUCAGCUUCCCAAGUAUUCAGGUGCAUUUGAUGCUGUCAAGCAGACAAUAGCAUCAGAAGGGCCAAGGGGUUUAUACAAAGGUAUGGGUGUUCCUCUUGCUACAGUAGCAGCUUUCAAUGCUGUCCUGUUUUCAGUGAGGGGACAGAUGGAAACAUUAGUGAGGUCCAAUCCUGGUGUUCCCCUCACAGUGAAUCAGCAAGUUGUUUGUGGAGCUGGAGCUGGAGUUGCUGUUUCCAUUCUUGCAUGCCCAACUGAAUUGAUCAAAUGCAGGUUGCAAGCUCAAAGUGCGCUUGCCGGCUCUGAAACAGCUACUGUGGCUGUUAAGUAUGGAGGGCCCAUGGAUGUGGCCAGGCAUGUUCUCAGAUCAGAAGGGGGAAUAAGAGGUCUUUUCAAGGGCCUGGUUCCCACAAUGGCUCGAGAGAUACCAGGAAAUGCUAUAAUGUUUGGUGUAUACGAAGCAUUGAAGCGAAAGUUUGCAGGAGGAACUGAUACUUCUGGCCUAAGUAGAGGUUCUCUGAUUGUUGCUGGAGGCUUGGCUGGAGCUUCUUUCUGGUUCAUUGUUUACCCAACUGAUGUUAUUAAGAGUGUGAUUCAAGUAGAUGAUUACAGAAACCCAAAAUUUUCUGGAUCAUUUGAUGCAUUCAGGAAGAUUCAAGCUUCACAGGGCUUCAAAGGCUUGUAUAAGGGUUUUGGUCCUGCUAUGGCCCGAAGUAUUCCUGCAAAUGCAGCAUGCUUCUUGGCAUAUGAGAUGACAAGAUCAGCUCUGGCAUGAUUAAUUCUUAUAGCAGGUUUAAUAUAAAUCAAAUUCUCAUGUUUCUUUUUUCCUUUUUCUUUUCGUUCACUGAACAUAUUUUAUUACAUCAACUGACAUAAAACCGCACAAGCGCGUCUUCUGUUAUUUGCUUCAAUCAACGACCGAUUCUUUCAUCACUAGUAAAGUAAACACUUUUCAGUUUCAGGUGCCACAUUAUACACUCUGAAUAACAUGUUAACUACAUUACUUUAAAGAGAAAAUUGUCCGAGGAAACAAAUUGUAACAUACUUGGUGCUUGGAAGUGGUUAUAUGCAUUUGUUGUUUUUUCCA